ACGUCUCCUAGCAAACCAGAAGACUGGAAAGGACGCAGAACCCUGCAUCCUCAAACCCCAUUCUGCAUCUUCGUGGGCAGUUCACUAGUGUCAGGCUUCCCUUUGGAAGAGUGGGCCACCCUCCUCCGUAAUGAAGCGAGAAACUGAGGCACGGAAAAGGGACAGUCUGAGUCUGGAGGAGAGAAUCCCGGACCGGGAGACCCGCCUUCCCUGGCCCCGGCCCCUCCCAGUGCCCCAGCGAAGGCUGCUUCCUGGUCCCCGACGCAACCAUGGCUGAAGAACAACCUCAGGUCGAACUGUUCGUGAAGGCUGGCAGUGAUGGAGCCAAGAUUGGGAACUGCCCCUUCUCCCAGAGGCUGUUCAUGGUGCUCUGGCUCAAGGGAGUCACCUUCAACGUUACCACUGUGGACACCAAGAGACGGACAGAGACCGUUCAGAAACUUUGCCCAGGUGGACAGCUCCCAUUCCUGCUGUAUGGCACGGAAGUACACACAGACACCAACAAGAUCGAGGAGUUCCUGGAAGCCGUGCUGUGCCCUCCCAAGUACCCAAAGCUGGCUGCUCUCAAUCCUGAGUCCAACACCUCAGGACUGGACAUAUUUGCCAAGUUUUCUGCCUACAUCAAGAACUCAAACCCGGCACUCAAUGACAAUCUAGAGAAGGGGCUCCUGAAAGCCCUGAAGGUUCUAGACAAUUACUUGACAUCCCCCCUCCCAGAGGAAGUGGAUGAAACCAGCGCUGAAGAUGAGGGUGUCUCUCAGAGGAAGUUUCUGGAUGGCAAUGAGCUCACCCUGGCUGAUUGCAACCUGCUGCCAAAGCUUCACAUCGUGCAGGUGGUGUGUAAAAAGUACAGAGGCUUCACUAUCCCAGAGGCAUUCCGUGGAGUGCAUCGGUACUUGACCAAUGCUUACGCUCGGGAAGAAUUCGCCUCCACCUGUCCAGAUGACGAGGAGAUAGAGCUGGCCUAUGAGCAAGUGGCCAAGGCCCUGAAAUGAACACGCCUUGAAGUCUCUUUCACCCACUCUAUGCUCUCCAUCGCUCUGGGAGGCUACCUAAUGGACACACUCCAGAAUAGCCACGGGUCGGGAAAUCCGGGGCACUUGUGUAGGGCUGAAGGAGAAAUGGGGUAAAGGACAGGUGACAAGAUUUUUAUUGUGGGGUGGGGUGGGUAGGACAACGUAUUUCGGU